GAGAAUAAUGGGUGGUGGCGGCCUCCCGUGUCCGCGCGCCUGGCCUGCAGACUGGAACCAGAGGACGUCACCGCGGAGCAGAGUGAUUCCUAUUGGCUGAUUCAGACAGGGUUCCAUUGUGGACGUCACAAUGUGGAAGUCGGACAACGAGCUUCAGACUGAAACUUCCUCCUCUGGACAAUAUCUGUGAGGAAAUCAAUGUUUCCCCCUUUCCAUUUCUUUUCUCAUUCUGGGGGCAAAAUAUUAACUUGCAGGAAAUGAAGGGAAAGAAAGUGAAUCCAUUACUAAUAUUAGACGAGGAGGAUUUACAGACAGAAAUCUCAAAGGAAACAUCACGCCACAAUCUGACAAUUCAAGUAUUCAUCAGGACGUGAUUGACAUUGGCCUUUGAAUGUAGAAUGAGAAGUGUUUGUCCUGUCUGCUUCAAAAGAUUUUUAACAGCAGUGUAACUUGAAAAAAAUUGAGACAGACACACCCGAGUGAGAGUGUUCCAGUGCAUUGUCUGUGAAAAGGGCUUUAAUAAGUUGCACAGCCUGAAAAAACAUUGCAUGAUUCAAAGUGCAGAGAGAUCAUGCAUGUGUUCUGUGUGUGGACAAGGCUCCAACUGAUCAAAGAACCUUGACUGACACAAGGAUACCCGCACCAUGGAGAAAUCAUGGAAGUGUGGGGAUUGUGGGAAAGGAUUCCGUGUCCCUGUGAGCUGGAAAUUCAUCGGCGCAGUCACAGUGGAGAGAGACCAUUCAUCUGCUCCAUGUGUGGGAAGGGAUUCAUUGAUUCAUCUACGCUGCAGAGGCACCAGCAGAUUCACACCGGGGACAGGCCGUUCACCUGCUCCAUGUGUAGGAAGGCAUUCAGAGAUUCCUCCGCCCUGCUGACACGCCAGCAAGUUCACACCGGGGAGAGGCCAUUCACCUGCUCUGAGUGUGGGAAGGGAUUCAGAAAUUCGUCCACCUUACAGAGACACCAGCGAGUUCACACCAAGAAGAGACCAUUCACCUGUUCUGAGUGUGGGAAGGUAUUCAGAAAUUCCUCCACCCUGCAGAGACACCAGCGAUUUCACACUGGGGAGAGGCCAUUCAGCUGCUCUCACUGCGCAAAGAGCUUUAGAACGUCGUACGAUCUCCUGAGACAUCGGCAAGUUCACACCAGGGAGAAACCGUUCAUUUGCUCUGAAUGUGGAAAGGGAUUCACUCAGUUAUCUAGCCUGCUGACACACCAGUGUGUUCACACUGGAGAUAGGCCAUUCACUUGCUCCAUGUGUGGAAAGGGAUUCAGUCAGUUAUCCAGCCUGCUUAAACACCAGCGAGUUCACACCGGAGAGAGGCCAUUCACUUGCUCCAACUGUGGGAAGCGAUUCACUCAGUUAUCCAGCCUGCUGAGACAUAAGGCAGUUCACACCGGGGAGAGGCCAUUCACCUGCUCUGAAUGUACGAAGGCUUUCACUCAGUUAUCCAGCCUGCUGAGACAUCAACACAUUCACACAAGGGAGAGACCGGUCAACUGCUCCGCACAUGGAAAGAGAUGCACUUGUUCAUCCGAGCUGCUUAGACACCAUGGCAGUCACACCGAUUAGAGACCUUUUAGAUGCUCUGACUGUGGGUGUUAGCUGCAUCAGUUGAAGUUAAGUAUAUACAAUUGGAGGGAAUUGACUGAAUGGUUACUUGAGCACAUAUAAAGAGACACGUACUGGCCAAAUUGGCCAUCAACAGGUCCAGGCAGCAGGUGGCGAGGGGGUCGUCGGGCCCGACUGCCCAAUUUUUAUGGCUACAUUCAUGGCCGGGUAUCCCUGCAGAGGGAGCACGCGGUGUCCGCUGGCCGCUGGAGGCAUUCCGUGACCGGUGGGCACUGCAGGGUCUGGGGCACAUCACUGCCUACCACAAUCACAUUUUGGUUUAACCUACAUAAUUUUCCUUUGUGGUUUUGUCUUUCAUUGCAUUUCCCCUUUAAUUUUUUCAAUUGAUCUUUUGUUAAUUUGUCCCCUUUAAUUGUUAAUUUCAUAUUCAAAAGAGUAUGAAGAGACACUUACUGACACAGAGUGGAGUGGAGUCAGGAGGUAUAUACCUGUAAUGUUUCACUCCGUGAAUAAAUGUACACCAAGUAAAGAUUGGCUCCAGUUUCCUCCUUCACCAUCAGGCUGUCAGGAUUAUAACAUGGUAACAGAGAAUGCUUGUCUAAUGGUGGAGAUUGGUAACAAGAGGAAAAUAAAAUUUCAGACAGAAACUUACAAUCUGAGUUGCUUUUGUGAGAAAUGGCUGAAAGCAAGUGGGAAUGGAACUGGUUCAUAAUCUUAAAGGCUUCCACUGGGUCACCCUUCAGUCUUGUCUUUUCUGGAGAAAAGUGCCCAGGUUGUUUAACUUUUUAUGAAGGUUAAAUGCUCUCAGUUCUUGUGAAUGUUUGUUGCCACUUCUCCAGUGCCUCUAUCUCGUUUUUCUAAAUGGAAAUCACAAAUGUUGACAGUACUCUCAGUGUAGUCUAACCAUUGUUUGAAACAAGUUGAACAUAACCUCUCUGUUUUUCAAUUCUAUCCCUCAAGAAUGGAACCCUAUACCUGGGCCCCACACUUUAGGAAAGAUGUGAAAUUCUUAGAGAGGGUGCAGAGGAGAUUGAUGAGUCUGGCACCAGGGAUAAGGGACUUCAGUUAGUUGGAGAGACUGGAGCAGCUGAAAUUGUUCUCUAGAUCACAGAGUUACUCGGACAGAGAAGUAGGCCAUUCAGCCCAUCGAGUCAAAGCCGACUCUGUGGAGCAAACCAGUCAGUUCUAUUGCUCCGUUCUACCUCUGUAGCUCUGCAAAUUUAUUUUCCACAAUUGCCCCAACAAUUUCAUUUUGAAAUCGCUCAUCGUCUCUGCUUCCCCCACCCCCGCCUCUCAGGCAGCGAGUUCCAAGUCAUCACCAGUCACUGUAUAAAAAUACUUCUUCCUCCCAUCCCUCCUGCAAUUCCUGCCGAUAACUUUCCCCCUCAUCCGCGCAUCAUCAGCGAAUAGGAACAGCUUUUCUUUAUCCACCUUAUCUAAACUUGUCAUAAACUUGUACACCUCCACCAAAUCUCCCCUCACCCUCCUGUACUCCAAGGAGAACAAUCCCAGCCUGACGUCUAUAAUAAAGAGCAAACAGAAUAUGUUAAUGCCUGAAAUCAAAUGGGAAUGUUUGAUUUCUGUUUUACCAAUAUUAGCUAAAUAUUGUACUGGACAGUAAAGCAAUUGGAAUAACUCAUCUUGGGUGUAGUUCAGUGGAAUAUAUUAACCUGAUGUCCACCUACAUUCCAGUGAAAGUCAGGAAAUUGUAGGUGAAAUGAAUAAGCUGAUCACGUUGCCCUCAAGGCAGCUGUGGUGGGGGAGAGACCAUUGUUCACCUCCUUGUGGAAUGUAUCUUUGCAAAGAAGGUCUGGAGAGAGAUGCAGUGGUUUUUGUUGAGGUACAUCCCGAGCAGUUCUAUGACACAGGACUGUGUUCUACGGGCUCUUCCCAGGGACACACAGCGAGACAAACAUCAACUGCAGCUGGAGGAUCAACUCGGUGAAAGACCCUCUUUGGUCUGCCCGUAAAUUGUUGGUCUUCUGGUGCAAAGAGUUGUCCCUGACUGAGUGUUGCAGACUGGCACAUUCCAAGGUCCAGGACUACGUGCUGAGGGAUGCGCUAAAGCUUGGGGCAGCCGCCGCAAAGGCCCAAUGGGGAAAGGUCGCUGUCCAAGACCUUUCUGGCAUAGUGCACUGAGGUGCUGGGAAAGGUAUUGACCCAUUGGGCUGUACAGCUCACAAUGAAUGUAUGUAGUGAAUACUAAUUGUAUUAUAAACGGAUUGAAGCACCUUAGAGUGCAACGUGAUGUAUGUUGAUAACUCCAAUACCAUUACACUCUGUCUGUAAUGACCAUAUUGAAACGAUUGUAAUAUUCAUUGAUUGUGUUGAAGCACCUCGUG